AAAGGGUUAAGACACCCACAUUUCUUAAUGAGAAAAGGAGCUCAACAAGAGUAGAGUUAAAAAAAAACGUAACGAUAUCAGGUAGAGGAAGGAGUCUCCACAUACGAACAUGUGGCUAUCUCUCCUUGUUCGUGACGGGAAGUAUUUACUUGAGUGUUUUUCACUGCCUGUGGAUUGACUUCCUUUAAUUUGUGUCCUAUUAAGUUUGGAACGCGGAAUAUUAUCGCAUUGGGGUCCAGUCAGUGACAGAUCUUUCCAUACAUUUGCAGUCCGAGUGGUGAACAGAAUCAGUUGCAGUUGUUUCGCAAGCUGGUCAGUACAGUAACACGUCUGCCGAUGCAGGAACGACAACAUGACGUCUAAUAAAACUGGUUUGGCUUUUUCUGGUGGUGGCAUUCGGUCAGCGGCACUAUGCUCUGGGGUCCUGCGCAGGCUGCUAAAGGAUAAAGCGAAAGUAGACUAUCUGAGCUGCGUGUCAGGGGGUGGUUACACGGGCACAUCCUUUUUGGAUUGGAAAUACAGAAAAGAGAAGAAAACAGAGGACAGCGAAGAAUGGCAUGAAGACUUCUUUGACAACAUGCGACAAAGAGCUGGUUAUUUUUGUAACUGGGAGAGGCCACGUCAAGGAGUCCUUGAUACGAUUGUGAUGUUCCUCCUCGUACUCACUGUCACCGUCAUUGAACCGAUUGUCAUAUAUGGAUCAUACGCAUUUCCACUUGCCUUCAUCAUCGAUUACCUCUUCGGAAAGUUACUUCGAGCUAAAGUGGAUUGUGAUCACGUUGCAUCAACCUCUUCUCCAAGUAACACAAAUACUACGGCGCAAGAAAUCCGGAAACACUGUAUUUCUCGUCAAAAAACCGUAGCUUUCUCUAUGAUUUCCCUGUUUUCAGUUCUGCUCGUGUUAUUUGUCAUCUUCUUUAUUCUGUCGCAAACGUUAUCCAGGAGGAAGUCUAAAUAUUUCAGACUUUUCUCACUAAUUUCCUUCUUACUUCUUUCUCUUACUUUCCUCCCAUUUGCAAUCCACGAUUUUUUCAUUGAAAUCCCCCUGUGGAGUCGGGCGAUCAUUGUAGUGAUUGGUGUGGUACUAUGGUUCGUCCUACCUCUGUUGCGGGACAAAACGUCCUACGGCAUUAUAAUCUAUCUCUACUCUUACAUCAUCUACUGGAAAGUGUACGAAGCCAAGGUUGUUGGUGUUGUGUAUUCUGAUGGGCUGUUUAAUAGGCUGCUUUUUGCCUCUGGGUUUAUUAUGUGGUUUGUUCCCUACAUGGCACAAUCACGGAAAAGGCUCAGCCAUGUCUUCAACAGAUGGAGACUUCAGAAGGCAUUUUACUCAAAGGAAAGUUUAGCUACCAAGGAAUGUCUGGAAAUGCUCCAUGACAUUUUCUGCCCUUUAUGGACAUGUCUGAAGAGAAAACAGAAGAAGUGGUCGUAUCAUAGAGAACAGAGAGGUAACCUUGAUUCUUUGGAGGAUGACAUUGAUUCAGCAAAUAAAAGAUCUUUGAACCUGGCAGAUCUCAGAGACGUAGAGCCUGAAUAUAUAUCGCCUGAAUAUAUAUCAAACAUGACUAUCCACAGCUGGAAGGAAGAGGAAGAUUCUGACUCGGAUGAUGAUCUCCUGACAAUGUCGCCUACCACAAUAGAACGUUUAGAUCGAGAUCCAUCGACUGUCGAUCCAUUUAAAGAUAAGCUGAGGCCUCAAGAUAUAGAGUUGUCAGACGCCAUGGCGACGUCUGCAGCAGCGAUUUCCAGAUACGAUAAUAACCUCGAGGUAAUCCGCCUUUCCACGAUUCUUGGACUCGAAAUGGGAGCCACAGUGAUCAGCAACCUCGAGGCAAUUAAAAAGGAGAGAUGGCUCAUGAAGCUCCUCCCAAUUCUCAUCAACAUUCUCCGUGGUCUUCCAUUGAUCGCUGUACCAGCGGUUUACUAUAGCAGAGGAGAUGUGUGGUCAAUUAAAGCAGGAGUAUUCACAUUCUUUGCAAUUCACCUCAUGUUGGCUUGCAUUGGAGCUCUCGCUGAUACAGGAGCUCCGAACCCAAACUUAUGGGAGAAGAUAGCCAGGUGGUUCAUCGUGCACGUGUCCUUUGUGAAGUUCGUGAGAGAAGGCUUAAACAUUGAAAACAUCGGACCCAUGCCUCCUCCCGUCAUGCUACUCAGCGAUGGAGGCCACGUGGAAAAUCUUGCUAUUUUGCCAUUGUUAAAGAAGAAACUCAAGAAAAUUAUUGUGGUGGAUGGCGGUUACUAUUCCAAUGAGAAGAAGUAUGGAAAAGACCUACUGAAAGCACUGAUGCUGGCUCGUAGAGACCUGAACUGUUCAUUUAUUGGCCAGGGCGGUCGUGACGUCAUUUCAGACCUGUUGGAGAAUUUCGUGAGGCUGCAACAACCAGAUGAAAAAAAACCACGACAUUUCAGAUUUAACGUUGAAUACUACGAAAACGACCACAAAGUUGGUGAAGGCGAAAUUUUGUUCAUUCGACCAAGAGAUCCACGAAAAGGUGAAGAGAGCGAGGUCAAAACUUGGGAAGAGUUUGGUUUCCAUCUGAACGCACGUGACUGGGGGAAUAGUCCAUAUCUGAGCGAAGAAGACGUCGACGAGUUGACCUUCUGUUGUUGUGCAUGUUGUAACAAAAGGUCCCACCUGAGCGGUUUGUCUGAGCUCCUCUGCCACAAGUUCCCGAAUCACAGCACAGCUAAUCAAUUCUUUACACCUUUAAUGUUCUCCGCCUAUCAUCGUGAAGGCUUCCGAGCAUGCGUUGAAGCGGAAGCUGCUGAAUUUCUCAAGGAUAACCACGAUGUCCUUGAAGUGUGAUUGUUUCUCAACUGAGAGUGUGUGUAUGUAGCCAACCCUUUCACUCCCAAGAGGUCAUUAGUAAUUCUCCUUACUGCCUGCCAUACGAUUCUUAUGAUUUUAGUUCUGAGAAUUUGAUAUUAGAUCAACUAAUAAUCUCCUUGCUAAACUCUUUUCGUAUUCUCAUCACUUGUCUGCUUGAUCUUGUAGUGAUAUUGUAAGGAGAAUUUGUAAUUUGAUCACUUGGGGGAGUUAAAGGGUGGUAGGUUUGUGUACAUAGGUCAGAUGGUAUGCAGAAUGAAUUUUGCAGGCCUUAGUUUUUUAAUGCUAUCAUUAUUCCUCUGGGGAUUAUUUUUUACUUAUUGUCCACGUUCACUAAAUAGUGGACACAAGAAAGUCUAGUCUCGGUAAGAGUUAAAAGAGACAAUCGCUUCUGUGUGACCUGUACUUCCUGUGUGAUCAAUAUUAUUUGACAUUUGAGUGAACUUCGGCCGCUUUGCUUUAGUUUUAGCCUUUCUCUAAUAUUAACGGCGGGUAAAAUUUUCAAAUAAUAACAAAGUGUGCGUAAUCUCAGUAAUACCCUUUUUAACUCGUGGAUACGCGAUAGCAUAGAAACGAGUUGUUGUGAGCACUUUGGGAUAUGC